AUGAUAAACGUGUUCCCUAUUUUCAUGCGAAAACUUUCUCACGUCUGCAGUUUAAAACCUUAUAAGGAAACAAAAUGGUUAAUGCCAAAUGGAAAUCCAAUCGGAGUGUAUGUUUACAAUUGUAUUGCGAACCAAAAAGUUCCAGUCAUUCUGAAUGAUCCUAAAAUCGCCACAUGGUAUUCCUGCGGCCCCACAGUAUAUGAUUCGGCUCAUAUAGGACAUGCGUGUUGUUAUGUUAAACUAGAUAUUUUACAAAGAAUUUUAAAAUCAUUUUUUAAUAUUAAGCUCGUCACAGCAAUGGGAAUCACCGACAUCGAUGAUAAAAUAAUAAAAAAGGCCAAAGACACUAAUACUGAUUUUAGAGUGGUUGCUAAAAACUAUGAACAUGAAUUCUGGCUUGACUUAACAAGUUUAAAUGUGGAGAAACCUAUGAUAAUUACUAGAGUAUCAGAUCAUAUUCAUACAAUACAAGAUUUUGUUAAAAACCUUGUGGAUUCUAAUAUGGCUUAUAUCACAAAUGAUGGUUCUGUAUAUUUUGAUACUUCUAAAUUUCCUUCAUAUGGGAAAUUGCAAAAUAUGCAAGAUAGUGGGGAACCUACAACUACUGAGAAGAGAAAUAAAAUGGACUUUGCUCUUUGGAAGGGAUAUAAACCAGGGGAACCAUUUUGGGAAACAUCUUGGGGUAAAGGCAGACCAGGUUGGCAUAUAGAAUGCUCUGCCAUGGUCAGUAAGGUUUUUGGCUCUCAAAUAGACUUUCAUGCUGGGGGUAUUGACCUUCAGUUUCCUCACCAUGAAAAUGAGGAAGCUCAAUCAUGUGCCUACCAUGACACAAGGCAAUGGGCAAACUAUUGGAUUCAUGUCGGGCAUUUAAACUAUAAAGAUAUUAAAAUGUCAAAAUCUUUACAGAAUACACUAUCAAUACCUGAUCUUCUUAAGAUGUAUACUGCAGAUACAUUCAGAAUGGCAUGCCUUAUGUCUAACUAUAGAUAUUCAAUGGAAUAUAGUGAUGAGAUGAUGAAAACAGCUGAAGCCGUUCUUAAUAAAUUUAAAUUUUUCCUUAAAGACGUUUUAAUGUAUGUAAAUGAUAGUGAAAAUGGUCAUGGUGAUUACAGUAACAAACUUUUGGAGGAAUUGCAAAAAGUUGAGGAGAACAACUUAGAAGCAUUGAAAUCAGAUUUUGAUACCGCAUCAUGUGUAAAUUCAUUACUUAAUCUAGUAACUUGUGCUAACAAAAUUAUAAAAGGGAACACAAAGGACUACUAUCCUGUUCCAGUUGUACUUACUGCUCAGUAUAUUAUUAAUGUCCUUACAAAAUUUGGAUUGACACUUCAAGAAACAUCAGAAAAUACUAUAUCAAACACUUUGAUAGACACUAUUGUUGAAUUUAGACAUAUGGUUAGAAAAAAUGCUAUGUUGCGGAAAGAUAAAGAAUUAUUAAGUGCUUGUGACACAGUUAGAGAUAAAAUGAAAAUGAUGAAGGUUCAGAUUAAUGAUAGCAAUAAGACACCAACUUGGGUAAUGACUAAGUAG